AUGUCGACUGGAUCUUUAGAUUCCAAUGAUGGAGUUGCAGUGGCUCCUGCUGCAAACGCCAUACAGGCAGCCCUUCUCGGUGUGGGAUCACACGAAACACUUCAAGAGGAUUUGGAAUUCGCCAGCGGAGUUCUCAUUCGUGCUGUUGCUCAAAUCACACAACAGUCAGCACAGAGAAAUAUCAACAAGGAUAACUACAGUAAUAGUAAUAAUAAUAAUAAUAAUAAUAAUAAUAAUAAUAAUAAUAAUAAUAAUGGUAGUGUUGAUAGUCAGCUCGACACAUCUGAGCGAGCUCGUAUGAAGAUAGCCCUUGUACUUGAUGCUAUGAACCGUAUUGAAGAAUCCCUAAGAUUAUGA